UUGGGCUCGUUCAAACGUAACGACACGCAAAUAAAGUCAAUUUCCGCACAUAUCUACCAAGAAAAAAUUGGCAACCAUCCAACAGUGGGGAAAACUUUACUAUUGGCACAAAAAGAACUUCAGGUUUCACUAACCUACAAAUCAAAUUCCAAAAGAAAACAGUAACAACACCAAUAGCUCAAAAUGGCUCAAAUGAUUCAAAUGUCCACAGAGCAAUUACAACAACUCAUUGAUUCGGUGCGUACCUCGGCCACCAGUAGUGCAGCUGCGGCCAGUGCUGCAGCAGCGGCACAAACUUCACUCAAAUCCAAAGGCAGUUUCAGUAAUUGUCCUUCCCGUUUUGGGGGUCAACGUGACCAUGAAGCUGUCGAAGAAUUCAUUACAUCCAUUACCACCUACAAAGAAAUCGAAUGCAUUACCGAUGAGGAUGCCUUAAAAGGUGUUUCAUUGCUUUUCUAUGGCUUGGCAUCGACCUGGUGGCAGGGUGUCCGCAAAGAGGCGAAAACUUGGAACGAUGUUCUAUCUCUAAUACGAGAUCAUUUCUCACCCACCAAACCUUCGUAUCAGAUUUAUUUGGAAAUUUUCGAAAAGAAACAAGAUGAAGUGACCGCCAUCGAUACGUUUGUUUGCCAGAAGAGGGCAUUGCUGGCCCAACUUCCCGAUGGCCGUCACGAUGAAGAGACUGAAAUCGAUUUGACCUAUGGUCUGUUGAAUAUUAAAUAUCGCAAACACAUUGCCCGCCAUGAUUUCAAGACAUUCCGUGAACUUUUGGAGAAGGGUCGCAUUAUUGAGCGGAAUAUGAUGGAAGAUCUGAAUCAAACGGAAUUCAGGGGACCCAUACGUGGGGUGAGGGGUACGAAACGUUGUACAUAUUGUAAUUUCCGUGGUCACACCAGCGAACAAUGUCGUAAACGUCGCAAUCCCGAUGGUAGACCAAGAGAUUCAGCUCCAGCUGUUGGUGCUCAUGAAAACUGAUGCUGAUGAUAAAUGAAAAGCCCAUGUAUUUCAAAUUUCAUUUUUUAGAUAAGACCUUUGAAGAUAAGAGAGUUUUAGAUAGUCUAAGAGUAUACCAUGCUUAAUUUUAAUUAAAUAACACUAAUUGAAUAAUUACAUAAUUAAAAUUAAUAUUAUUAGCUUUAACUUCUUAUAUAUCCUUAGUCAGGUCAUGUAUCUUUUAAUGCGGCCAAGAUUUGCCACAUCGCAAGCGGCUGAUUUCUCUAAGUUUUUCUUAAACAGCCAACCAAUCAAUGUCUAUGUAUUAUUUAUUUAAUUCUUUUAAAAAUAAGCUUU